CACACUCACGUGACGUGGCAACACAUCAUCGUCUUUAGUUGCUCAGUUGUUGGUUAUAUAGUUGUCCGAACAACAACACCAACACAAGAAUACAUUGAGUAUUAUUUUUCAACAAAACUUGAAGUGUAUUUCAGUUAAGUUAACAGAAAGUUAAAGUUAAUUUAGUAUAAAAAUUAAAAAAAAUGGAUACUUUAAUUUUUAUGGGCAUUAUUUUUGCAUUCUAUCCGUUAAUUGUUGCUGAAACUUGUCAGAAACCAGAGGUUACAGCUUCAGCAUAUGUAACAGAAGAUGCAACCAUACUGACUAAUGUUGCUUUUACUACACAAUUUACUCUAAAAUGUAGUAAUGGAGUUAAGGAUAUUUCUCUUUAUGCUGAAUGUGAAGGAAAAAUCCUUCCUGCUGUCAGACUUAGUGCUGAUAACAAAUACCAAGUUUCAUGGACUGAAGACAUUAAAAAAGCACGUUCUGGAGAUUACAAUGUAAAAUUAUAUGAUGAAGAAGGUUAUGCAGCAAUACGAAAAGCUUAUAGAAACGGUGAAGAUCCAGAAUCCAUUAAACCUCUUGCUGUAGUUAUGGUGAAUAAUCCUGGAAUAUAUCAAGGACCUUGGAUUAAUUCAGAGCUUCUCGCUGUAUUUCUUGCAGCGCUCGUUUCAUAUGCAGCAUUCUCAGCUAAAUCUAAGCUUUUGGCUUAAGAACUAAGAUUUGAUAUUAAAUUUUUAAUUAAUGGUAAAAUAAGUAAUAAAGAUUCUUAUUUAUUAAUUAAAA